GAACGUACAGAGUCCCCUACGACGGCUAUUUCGCUACUUGCUGUCUACAAACCAUGUCGGGUCUAGAGGAAGACUACUCUCUGAAUGAGCAGGAGUCGGAUCCUGUUCAGCCCGAAAAUGACGACGAACAGAUGGAGGAGGAAAUUCAACCUGAACAGCAACGAAAGCCCAGAGGGUCGAUAUAUGAUGCCCUAGAUGACGAUGAGGACGAAGAAGACGAAGAGGAGGAGGAAGAGGAAGAUGAGGAGCCUGGACGUCGUAGGAAACGUGCCAAGCAUCGGCACAAGCGCCACGCAAUCAACCCUUUCCUUGAUGUGGAGGCUGUUGUGGAUACCGAGGAGGAAGAGGAAGAAGAAGAGGAGGAAGCUGGGAGAGACGAGUUCAUUGCGGACACCGGCGUCGAUGACUAUGAUAUGAACAGGAGAGCUGCGGUCAAUGCACGGCUGGAUAGGCGGGAUCGUGAAUUGGACGAUCAGGACCUCGCCAAAAUUGCUCAAAACCUUCACGAGCGCUAUGGGCGUGCAACGGUGCGGUAUACAGGGGAUAUGAACGAAGUUCCCCAACGACUACUCAUGCCCUCCGUACUUGACGCUAGUCUGUGGCAAAUACGUGUAAAACCGGGCCGUGAAAAGGACAUCGUUUUCAGUCUUAUGCGCAAGGCAAUCGACCUUGAGUAUACUGCUCAACCUCUGCAGAUCUUGUCCGCCUUCCAACGAGACUCCUUACCCGGCAUGAUUUACGUCGAGGCUAGGAGCGCUCAGCAGGUCAACCAGGCCUGCAAAGGCCUCGUAGGCGUUUAUCCCAGUAGAGGCAUCACCCUAGUUCCUAUCGAAGAAAUGGCAAGCUUGUUACAGAUCAAGAAACAAGACCUGACCGUCACUCCUGGGAGUUGGGUGCGGAUAAAACGCGGAAAGUAUCAGGGUGACCUAGCUCAAGUCAUGGACAUUACGGAAAAUGGCGAGGACGUUGGGCUCAAAUUUAUCCCUCGUAUAGAUUUGAACCCUAGAGACGAUGCUGGCGUCGACGGCCGAAAACGCAAAAAGGCGGCCGCAGGCACCUCAAACUUGCGACCUCCACAACGAUUCUUCAACUACGAGGAAGUUGUCAAGGUACACGGCCGGAAGCAGGUUUCAAAACGGAACCAAGUUUAUGUCUUCCAAAAUGAUACCUACAAGGACGGCUUUAUUGAGAAGGACUUCAAGUUGGCUGCGCUGCAACUGGAUAACGUGAAUCCGACACUGGACGAGAUCACGCGAUUUACUCGCGGACAAGAUGGUACUGAGGGUGAAAAUUCCGUCGAUCUUUCCAUUAUCGCAGAAGCUUCCCGAAAAGCGGCCAUUGCCGUGCUUCAACCGGGAGACCAUGUUGAAGUUUUCGAAGGGGAGCAGUCGGGCGUGCACGGCGUCGUCGAUUCCAUCAACCAGGACGUGGUCACUGUUACGGCUAUUGGCGUAGACAUCGAUGGCCAGAAGGUCGACGUUCCGGCACGUAGCGUACGCAAACGAUUCAAGCCCGGAGACCACGUCAAAGUCAUGACGGGACAAAACGCAGAUGAAACCGGUCUGGUGGUUUCCGUGUCAGACAAUGUUGUUACAUUCGUAUCGGAUAUGACCAUGCAGGAGGUAUCUGUCUUCUCAAAAGACCUUCGAGAAGCCGCAGAAGUUGGAACUGGUACAAAUAUCGUUGGCAACUACGAACUGCACGACCUCGUACAACUUGACCUACAAACAGUCGGCGUCAUCUUCAAAACCGAGCGUGAUUCCUUCCGAGUUCUUGACCAGAAUGGCCAGGUUCGACUUGUACAGCCCCACCAAAUAUCGAUGCGGCGAGAUUCACACCGUGCCAUUGCCACUGACUCGGAGGGUCAUGAGCUUCGGGUGAAUGACAACGUUCGCGAAAUCGAAGGAGAGGGUCGAAAAGGACGAGUGCUGCAUAUUCACCAGUCUUUCUUUGCAUUUCUUCAUAACCGUGAUGUACCCGAAAACGGAGGCGUUUUUGUGACCCGUUGCCGCUCGCUGGCCUCGCUAGCACCAAAGGGGAACCUCCUGAAGCCCGGCACUGACCUUACGAAAAUGAAUCCACAUGUGGCUCUUGGCGCUGCUACGGGAGGCAUGGUUGGCUCUGCCAUGACGCGCGGGCCCAGAGAUCGGGACAUUGGGGCAACAGUAGCCAUCGUUCAGGGUCCUCAAAAGGGAUACAUUGGUGUAAUCAGAGAUACCAAUGGACCCGUCGCCCGUGUGGAGUUGCACGUAGGGAAUAAGAUCGUCACGAUUGACAAGAAAAAAUUGUACCGCAGACUACCCAACGGCACGCUGAUACCGCUGGACAAACCAUACAAUCCGAAUCAUGGUACUCAAGCGCCAUCAAGGCCCCCUGCUCGUACGCCUAACCCAUAUGCCCAAGCAAACGGGGGUCGCACACCCGGUUGGGGUGGUGGACGCACGCCUAAUCCGUAUGCAACCGGCGACGGGAAGACGCCGGCAUGGAACGCCAGCUCGAGAACGCCCAAUCCAUACGCUGGGGAUGGCGGUAAAACGCCAGCAUGGAAUGCUGCGUCUCGCACCCCGAACCCAUACGCAGAUGGUGGAAAGACACCGGCAUGGAAUGCCUCGUCGCGAACGCCAAAUCCAUACAGUUCAAAUGACAGCGGAUCGGCUUGGAGUGCUAACGAUGGUGGUAGAACUCCACGCCCUGCAUGGGGAGCCGGAGGAUGGGACACUGGGGAUACCGGAUGGGGCGGGGGCGCUGCUUCACCUACUCGGCCAGCAGAGACAUCUUGGACAGCGCCCACUCCUGCUGCAGCUCCAACCCCAGGUUUCAUUUCCGCCCAGACGCCUGGUGUUUGGAACAGUGCACCUACCCCAAUGCCGACUGGCUUUGCGGGUCUAGAACGUCAAAGUCAGAAUGUUGGUGUGCAUUCUGCUCCAACACCGGCAGUACUAGGUGCGGACGAAGACGACACAUCGCCCACGUGGCUCCUUGAUCCAAAAAUUCGAGGCAAGCAUGUCAUCAUGGAGAUCACCGGUACUCUGGGUGGUUGGCAUGGAGGAGAACUGGACGGCGCUCAAGGCUACGUGACGACUGUCUUCCCAUCUGCGAACGAUACACUCGUAACGCUAAACCACCUUGACCCUGGUCGUAUCGGUACGAGCGUGCAAGUGCCCAUCAACUAUCUCAGCCCCGUUAAUGCGAAGGAGAUUGGCGACCACGCUGUCCCUCUUGACGGGACGUUGAAGGGUGACGAAGUCGUUCUCAGAAUGCAGGUUUCUGAUGACGUUUGGGAGGUAUCAAAACCCUCGGACUUCAGGUCAGAGAGAUAUUUGGAGGACAAACUGAUCAAGGUUCAUAUUACUUCAUGAUGGCGAAUGCCGUUUCGUUUUGUAUGUUGGGCAUUUUACUUUCCUGUUUUCCAUACCAGUCCCUAUAGUUUGCAAAGUACGCCUGCAAUAUUCUUAAUUCAUCUAUAAGGCUUUGCUAGCUUCAAGAUAAGUGCACGAGAAUGGUAGACAUGAUACUCAUAGCUGUAAAUAGCGUGUCGAUGAUCUUUGUGACUGCCCGUACGAACAUCAAAGACACGUUGUAGGGUCCAGUCGCCCAACUCGGAAAGGUGACUAGAUUCACGCCACUCUUCGGAAGAGCGAGCGGCGUUGGUAACUCCCCGGCUCACCUGGAAUACUUACAGUGCAAAACCCUACCGUCCAGACCUCCAGCAGUCCCCAUAAUUCUGCAACCUGGGUUUUUGCUAAUGGA